CGAUUUGGCGGCGAUGGUUGCGAUGAGAGACCGUCACAUUCAGCGUCUGGAACAGGAAGUGCGACGACUUCAGCAUCUGCUGCAGGAAGUCCAGGAGCGAACGGCCAAUCACGUCGCUCUGCUGCAACAGCAACUGGCCAAUAAAGCACAGCAUAUAGAGAGACUUCAGGCCAAGUUACAGUCCCAGCAGGACUACGAGAAGAUCAAGACCGAGCUCAGGACUCUUCGAGUGCUGAUGCAAACCACAGAUGACGUUUCGGUGUUUUCUCCUCCGUCAGAUGUCUCUGUUGAUAACGAUCCUGUGAUCCAGAAAGAAACGCCAGAGUUUCAUCACUCCACUGGGAAAGAAGAAGCCCUGAAUGAAUCUUCCUCUUUCAUCUCUGGGUCACCAGCAUCAUCUUCAUCAUCUCUGAGUGUCCAGAGCUUCAUUAAAGAGGAGACAGACUCUGGUGAUGAUGAGCAGGAGUUUGACACGGCUCGAUUAGCUCAGCAGGUCAAGGAGGCUCUUCAGCGGCUGAACAUCGGCCAGCGGGUGUUUGGUCACUAUGUGCUCGGUCUCUCUCAGGGAACCGUCAGCGAUAUACUGGCCCGACCCAAACCCUGGAGCAAACUGACCAGCAGAGGAAGAGAACCCUUCCUGAGAAUGAAGCACUUCCUGUCCAAUGAGCACAGCAUCCAAAUGCUCAGCGUCAUCCAGGAGAGACUGAGAGACAGGAGCCCAGAUGACGUGAUCAGGAACAUUCUGGAUCAGAGCCGUCUGGAGAUGCUGGAUGAUGAUGAUGAUGAUGAAGAUGAAGGCAGCAGAUGUCAGCGCGGUGGAGACGAAUCACACAACAUCAUCAGGAGCAUCCUGCAGCAGGCCAAACACGAGAUGCAGACGCAGACGCCUGCGAUGAACGACGCACCAGUCCAGCAGGAAGAGGAGGAUUAUGGGACACUGGAGCCCAGCGAUCAGUCCCUGGCUGAUUUUGUCCAAAGCAUCAUCCAGAAGGUCAAAUGUGAAAUAAAUGAAGAUGCUGAGCCCUCAGUUUCUCCGUCCUCUGUGAGCCGCUCGUUUCAGACGCUUCCAGCGGAUCCGGGUCAGACAGCGCAGGGGUUUAAGAUGGAGACGCGUCAGAGACCUCGCUCCUGUCCCAUCAGCAGCAGCUGUGAGCUUCAGUCUCUGCAUCUGGACACGUUCAGCAUCACGCAGAGAGUCAAAGAAACUCUCACCGUCAACAACAUAGGUCAGCGCGUGUUUGGUGAAGAGGUUUUGGGUUUAACACAAAGCUCCGUGUCUGAACUGCUGUCGCACCCCAAACCCUGGACUAAACUCAGUCUGAAGGGAAAGGAGAACUUCAUUCGGAUGCAUCUGUGGCUCCAAGACCCCCAAAACAUCCAGAAGCUCAAUGCUAUGAAGAAGACGGACCACAGAGGUCUAGAAUUAGACGAGAUGGUUUUUCAGAACCAGUACAAACCAGAAUAUUUCAGAAUCCAGCCAGUUUAGUCCGACUCCAGCCAGUUUAGUCCGACUCAAACAGGAGCCCAGUGAUGGAGAGAUGGAGGAUGCAGAUCUGCAGAGAGAAGAGCACAGUCACGUCUCCGUCGCUGUACAGAGCCUGAAGAGAGAGAAAGAUGAAGAUCUUUCUGAGCUGUGAGUUCAAGGAGGACUUUCUCAGGAACAUCAUGAGAUCAUCUCUCUGCUUGAGCUCUAAAUGUGACCAGAACACAAUGUCAGUCGUUCUCGGGUCUUUAUUUUAUUCAGAUUUUUUGAUCAUGAUUUAUUUCAAAAUUGAAUUUAAUGGAGAACUAAACCCUGAUUGGCCAGAUUGGUUUUUUUUUUUUUUUUUUUUUUUUGUAUGACUGAAGAAAAAUAGUUGGUUGUAUAUUUGUUUGAUAACUACUUAUGCAAGUUCAUUUAAAUUCAGUUUGGUAAGAAGACUAAAUGGUAAACAAUGAUAUGAAGGUUUGCUAAUAAAGUCCCUUUUUGGUGACUUAAGUUGAAGUCUGAAUCUUAUUUUUGCUUUCAUUUGUAUUUAUUUUGUU